AUGUUCCUAAUGCUGAAAAGUUGGCGAAUGACGAAGCCACGUGGCGAUCCCGAAAAACGCUACAUUUCUGCGUUAACCGAAAGCGCUGCUUCGUUAUUUUUAACGUCGCUAACUGACGGAUUAUCCUUCGCCAUUGGAAGUAUUUCGGAUUUUCAUGCAGUUCGUGAGUUGGUUUAGCUCCAAGACCUCACACCUAUGUAUAUCCCGAUUUACAGGUGUAUUCUGCACAUAUUGCGCGAUGGCCAUCCUAUUCAUGUUCAUUUUUCAAGUCACAUUCUUCAACGCCGUUAUGUCGCUUUGUUGUCGUCGUGAAAUCGACGGGCGUCAUCCGAUUUUGUGUUGCAAGACUAUUGUGACGCGAAAAUCGCAGGAGUUUCCGGCGAUUUUUGCGGAACAUUCGAUGAAUGCGAACUCGGAGGUUUUGGCGAGGAUUUUGUUUCGAGUUCUGAAUCCCGUUUGGUGCAGAGUUCUGGUUUUAGUGGUGUUUCUGGUAGGUUUUUGUGGAAAAACAUUUAAAAAAAAUGAAAAAAAACCCAUCUGCAGCUUCAAAUCCUUGUUUAGAACUGAGGAUGGGCUCGAUUCCUAUUUUUCUUCUGAAAUUCUUCAGCUUGAAUUUCCAAAAAAAAUCGACAAUUUAAGGUUGAAUACCAACACAGAAAUGGUCUCAAAAAUAAAAAUAAACACACUUUUUGGCUACUGUACACAAACGGGUCUCGCAGCGAAAACGCGGCUAGGCGGCAGUUCAAACAACUUUUUUUCCAGAUUUAUCUCUCACUAUCAAUUCAUUUUGCAUUGGCUCUUCCACUCGGACUCGAUCUCAAACUUCUAGCACCAGAUGACUCUUACGUAAGUCGCGAAUUGCUGGCACAAGAGAGAUUAUUCGCUGAUUAUGGUGGAUUCUGUUUUGGUGUUGUGAAUACGACGGAUUUGAAUAUGGAGAAUCGAUUGGUGCGAAGAGAUUUGGUGCAAUUGUAUCGAGAUUUGGGUGGUGGAGAAUUUGCGUCGUGUAGCGAGUUUUGGCUAGAGGAUUUUGAGCGGGAAAUGGUGGGUGAAAGCACACUUUUUGAAUUGUGUAUACAGUUGCAGCAAAAAUUAAAAACCAGUUUUGUUUCCAGCACUCUUCACUCAACAAUUUCACAUUCUCCGACUCACUUCACACAUUCCUCUCCCGCCCAAAAUACCUCAAAUAUCGAAACGAUGUGAGAUUCCAACUUUCUGGCAAAAUCGAAUCAAUCAAAAUGAUAUUUCGAAUUCGAAAACUUGGAAAACAAAACGACGAACCACGCGCUACCUUUAUGCGCCAAAUAUUAGAAAAAUCCAGGUUUUCCGGACUCAUUUAUGACACCAGUUUUCUGCUUGUCGAUCAGCAAUUAACUACAGUUUAUAAUGUGAUAAUCGAUGUGAUUAGCGCAAUUUUAACAAUGUUAGCUAUAUGUGUUUUGAUGGUCCCAAGGUAUAAUUGUGUGUCCUAAUGUAGAAUUAAUUCUAGGAUUUUGAUUUUCAGACCGAUUUCAGCACUCUGUAUUGCAUUUGCUAUCCUAUCUGUAAAUAUUGGUGUGAUUGGUGCACUUUCAGCCACCAAAACGAGGCUAGAUAUUAUUUCAAUGAUCACAAUUGUCAUGAGUGUUGGAUUUUCAGGUAUCUAAAACACUUGGUUUCAAAAAUUACCUCAAAAUUUCCAGUUGAUUACGUAACACACACCACAUUUCACUAUGUGAUUCAACGCAAAAACCGGCUCGAAAAUUGUCUGUUAGUGAUGACUGAGCCAAUUUUACAAUCAGCUCUUUCGACUGCAAUCGGUGUUUCGCUUUUGGCUUUUGUUGAUUCGUAUAUUGUGAGGACUUUUGUGAACACCGUGUUUUUUGUGGUUGGAUUGGGUAUUCUACAUGGAUUGGUGUUUUUGCCGGUGCUUUUGGAUAGUGUGGUGAGUUCGCAAAAAUUGAAGCUUCGCCCAGAAAAGCGUGUCAGGCAUGCAAAAAUUAGUCUCCACCUCUUCAAAAGUGUGCGAUUCUCACAAAAACACUGGAAAUUAAGAAAAAACCGUGCCAGGCUUGCAAAAAUAAAGCUCUUUUAGAAACACUGCAAAAUUCAAUUUUUUGGAAAAUUCGUUGCCAAACUUUGAUCUACUGUAUUUGGGUUACAGUAACAGUAGGCUGAAUUUCGGCGGAAAAAUUUUAGUUAAUUUUUUUUUAGUUAAACCGUGUCAGGCUUGCAUUCUUAGCCCCGCCCUUUUUUUGUGAAAAAAAUUCAAUUUUUAUUUUUAAGGUACCUGAAAGUGAAUACAUGAUUGCCUACGAAUGUGAAGAAUCUGAAGAAGAUCAAGAAAAUCAAUACGGAAAUCCAAAAACCUUUGAAAAUCUUCCAUAUGUGCUAACUUGUGUAAAACCAUAA